AGCUAGUCCAAUCAGAAGAAAACACACAGUUACUGUUUCCUGAAAGGUAUAAGGAAGAGGGGUAGUAAUGAAUGAUUGCCACUAUUUCUACUAAAUACUUGAGUGCUGCAAUUCCCUGUAAGUGUAGCUGGUCCCUGUUUAUUCUGCAUCAUGUCUUUGGUGAAACUACUAUUGUUGAUGAGCUUGGCUUUGGUAAUGCGUGCUGGUGCAGCAGUGGAGAUCCAGCGUCCACGUGGAGUUCCGCUGUCAAAGCGCCAGUUCUAUGAGGAGGAGAAGCCCUUCACCUGUCUGGAUGGCUCCCGCACCAUUCCCUUUGACCGAGUCAACGAUGAUUACUGUGACUGCAAGGAUGGCUCAGAUGAACCGGGUACUGCUGCGUGCCCCAAUGGCAGCUUCCACUGCACCAAUGCCGGCUUCAGACCCGCAUUCAUCCCGUCUUCACGGAUCAACGAUGGCAUCUGUGACUGCUGUGACACAACAGACGAGUACAACAGUGGUGCCACAUGUCAAAACACCUGCAGGGAGUUGGGGCGCAAGGAGAGAGAGAGUCUCCAGAAGAUGGCUGAGGUUACCAGGGAAGGUUUUAUGCUGAAACAACAGCUGAUCCAUGAAGCUAAAAAGGGACAAGAGGAAAAACAGGUUAAACUGACAGAGUUUCAGAGUACUAAAAAGGGUCUGGAGGAGAAGGUAGAGGCACUAAGGACUGUGAAGGAGAUAGCAGAGGAGCCAGAGAAAGAGGCUAAAGAGCGCCAUCUGAAGGCUUGGGAGGAACAAAAAGAACUCAUCCGUAUGGAGAAGGACAAAGCUAGAAUGGCUGAGGCUUUUUUGGAACUGGAUGAUGAUGCGGAUGGCUAUGUUUCUGUGGCUGAGCUGCAGUCCCAUCCAGAGCUUGACCCAGAUUCAGACGGUUCUCUGACAGAGACAGAGACUCAGGGAUUGCUGGGAGGAGCAGACAAAGUGGACACAACAGCAUUUGAAAGUGUGUGGAGCAGCAUCAAAGGCAAAUACCUGUUGGAGAGCCAGUCAGACCCCCCUGCCCCAGUGGAGACACCCCAGGAGGAGGCCAGGGACUUGGGCUCUGACCACGACUCGGACCACUACCCCGAGGAUUAUGCUGGAGAAGACGAAGAUGAGGAAGAGGAUGAGGAAGAUGACGACCCUGAGGAGGAAGAGGAUAAGGCCCCUCCCACCGUGAGGACACCAGAGAAGAAGGAAGACGAUGAGAUGUCCAUGCCACCGUACGAUGCAGAGACCCAGGGCCUUGUAGAUGCUGCACAGAAAGCCAGGGAUGAUUUUGAUGAAGCGGAGCGAGCUCUACGGGAAGUGGACGAUCAGAUAAAGAGCCUUGAGAAGGAGAUUGGCUUUGACUUUGGUCCAAGUGCAGAGUUUGCAUACCUCUACAGCCAGUGCUACGAAUUGUCCACCAGCGAGUACGUAUACAGGCUGUGUCCAUUCAAUAGAGUCUCCCAGAAACCAAAGUUCGGGGGAUCAGAGACCAACCUUGGGUUGUGGGGCCAGUGGGCAGGUCCUGAAGACAACAUAUACGCAGUGAUGAAGUACGACCAUGGGACAGGAUGCUGGCAGGGCCCUAACCGCUCCACCACUGUAAAGCUGACGUGUGGGAAAGAGACUGUGGUGACAUCCACGUCAGAGCCCAGUCGAUGUGAGUACCUCAUGGAGUUCACCACCCCUGCCGUGUGCCAGGAGCCACCCAGCCUGGAGGAAGCCCUGCACGGACACACAGAGCUCUAGAGCUCCACCCCAACCGGGACCACAAUCUUUAUCUCACCCUGCUCUGCAACAGCCAGCCUUGGCACUCAAACUUCACCAACUGGAAGAUGGCUGUUCAAAGUGUGUGCUUGUCAUUCCAUUCUUGUCUCUUGUUGCUGCUUUAUCUUAUUAUUGUGCAAAAGCAGUUUUUUCUUUUUUUUUCCACCGUUGGUUUUGAAUAAAGUUAAAUUUUAAUGUGCUAGAUUUUUCUCCUGUUUCCCACUUUGGCAAUCAGCUUCAUCUUGGUGAGGAGAAAUGUACUGUAUUAAAACAGAAUAAUAUUAGAAUGUCAACUGUAUUCUUUGUUGGCUUUUCCAGUACUGCAGAUGCUUAGGACAGUAGACCAUGGUAGGCAGUUGUGUUAUGCACAGCAACAGUGUUGCGUUGUUACCCUCAGGAAAUGACACAAAUGCUCAAUGUCAUGUUAUAAAAACAACAUGGGUCACUCAGAUUUGUAACUUUUAUUUUAUUUUUUCUGGCAUGUAAAGUACAAAUAAUUAAACAAUUCCAUGAAAAAGUCUUCAAGCGUCUUCAGCUGAAAUCCCAGUAAUAAAUAUUCUAAACUAAA